ACAGACGUUUUUUUCCUCCCCACAUAGAUAGAAGUACAUAAACAGGAAUUAAUUCUAACUCCCACAUAAUGAAAAAAAGUAAAAGAUCUUGAGAAGAAAAUAAUCCUAUUUGACCGCUAUACAUUGCUAACAUCAGAAAAUGAAAUAAUCGGGAAUCCCGAGUAACCGGCCAAUUCGGCAAUAUUUUUUACUUUUUGUUAUGUUAUUGCCUUCUUGGGGUGGUCGGUUGAUUAAAUGCUCCAACAUGAAUUGUUUAAAAAAGACUGCAUUGGUAUUCUUUUUUCUAGUGAGAAAACUGCAUUCAUUUUUAUUUAAUAAGAAACUUAAGAUUUUUCAUUAUUCGGCCAAGUAUACCAAAAAAAUAUUAAUAAAAAAUACAAUAUACUUUUUUUAUUGAAAAUAAAGAAAGACUUCACUGUAUUUCGGCAAAGUCAUUGUCUUUUAUUUAGUUGCAAUAAUAUUUUUUAAAGGAAAUCUUGAAAUUAGGGACAACAAUUUCUGAUUUGAUCCGUGCGAUUUGUCUGUCCCACACUUUGUGUUGAGUUGAUAUAAAUAUUGAUAUACCCGCUUCAUACGCCCUAUUGCCAUCAUUACCUGAAACUUCUUCAUGCUAAACUUAAUAUUUCAAUUACUUGAAUCAUAAACUUGUUGAAAAGAUUAUGUGUUGGGGGUAUCAUUGAACUUGAACUCAUGCGUAUUCAUGCACUCAAAAUAUUUAUUAGGUUUAGUUGAAUUUUCUCUUUCAAAAUUUAUGGAGUAUGUUAUUAGGUUUCUUUUAUGGGUGCAAUAUUUGGUUUGGGCUUGGAAAAAAAAAGGUACAACGUGACCCGUUGUUAUCUCUAAUUAUGAGCGGAUUACUAGUGGAGUUAUUUUGUAUCACACAACUACCUAUCUUUUGAAAGAGUGUUUUUAGAUGAUUGUUGGCUAUAAUGUUUGAAUUCAAGAUGUGUUGGAUGUUUUUACCUUAACAUUAUGACUAGGCCAAUACCUAGAGAUUUAAAGCCUGCUUUUGGGGAACAGAUCAGGUCAGUAACCUUAUGGUGAGUAACCAUGAGUAACCAGCCAACAUCAGCAUGACAUCAGCAUCCUAUCUCUCCUGGAAAGCCUUUAAUUUUCCCCUCUUUAAUCUUUGACGGACGAUUUCUCACUCAUUUUAAGUCAAAAUUUAAUUUUUUUUGCACAGUUAGAUCAGAUUAAUUGUGCUCUUCAAAAUGAUAUACACUUCAAUAUAUUUUUCGAACAAAAAAAAUUGAGCCAUUUUUUACCUGUCUAUACCUUAUGGUAUUGACUGGUAUUGAAAUAAAAGCAUACUUAUGGUUUGAAAAACGUACCAUGGUGGUAUGAACAAACCAAGACUGUAGGAUGGUUGAAUACAUGAUAGUAGAAGUAUAUUAAUUGUCAUUUACGACUUUUAACAUUGUAUACCACACAAUACCACCCCGUACCAGGGUGGUAUUGUAUGGUAUCGUGUGGUAUUUUUUGGUCAUGUAAUUUGUUCACCCAGAAAUUUGUAGAUCCAAUAGAUCAUGAUGAACUCAUCCCUUCUGUGCAAACGUUUUCAAAAAUGAAUUAAAAACGAAGAAGAUACCAAACAAUACCACCCCGUACCAGGGUGGUAUUGUAUGGUAUUGUGAGGUAUUUUUUGGUCCUGUAAUUUGUUCACCCAGAAAUUUGUAGAUCCAAUAGAUCAUGAUGAACUCGUCCCUUCUAUGCAAACUUUUUCAAAAACGAAUUAAAAACGAAGAAGAUACCAUAUGGUAUGCAGUUGGUACCGAGAGGCCAGAAUUUUUUUUUCUAAAAAAUAUUGAAAAUUGUUCUCAUUUGGUAGAGCACGAUGAACUCGUUCCAUCUGUGCAAAAAAAUUAAAAUCCGAGUUAAAACGAAAAAGAUAUGAGCCGAUUAAGAAAGCUAGGAAACAUAAAAAUGGUCCUUAAUUUUCCAUCUUUAGAUCUGGAUUUUCUAAAUGAAGAGUCCAGAUUUGGUUAUUGAUGGAUGCAUAACCCAUGGUUAUGCACUCUAUCUUGAGCCCUGCUUUUGUAGAAUUGUACCGUUUAGACAUUUCUGCUUUUGGACAUGCAGUUACUUUUUAAUAACUUCAUGACUACAAAAUAUCAUUCCUUUUGAUACAUUUUUUUAAUAAAAAAGAAUGUUUUUUCAUAAACUGUAUCAUGGUGGUAUAUUUAUUAAUUCGAAUGUUUUUUCAUAAAUAUAUCAAAAUGACCACAUUCGUAGGAAUUCUUACUAAUUUGGCUAGCUAUGCUAAGUACUCAAAAUUUAGAGAACUGUAAAAUGCAUUGGCAGUUAUUUUUUUUAUUUAUUUCUUUUAUUAGUCCAAACUUUAAGCGCAAACUCAUCCUUUCUUAGAAUUUUCAUUUUUUCUUCCUAAAAAAGAAGUUCAUUUUUCGAUUAAUUAAUAGAUGUACUCAGCAGCACUAUAACAUACACUGUUUAUAUUUUAAUUAAGGUAAGCGGUCAGUUGGGAGAUCCAGACAUUGUUAUAUAUAACAUGGUGGCCACCAUACAAAUUCUGCAAUCCCAUCCCAACUCCCCCAGCAAAGAAGCAUUCCAUCCCAAUCUCUCCGAUAGUACUCAUGGUUCUCUUUGAUUUCAAGUUCGACAAGCACUUUGUUGCUUCCUCGGACCGAAACACCCUUCAAGUCUAUGAGUUGACAAACCCUAAUGUCAAUCCUUCCUCCUCCCUUCGAAAGAAUCAUUGGAAGGAAGUCGCCACCAUCACUGCCCGUGAUGACUACAACGAGGACGAAGGCGACGACGAUGGUGCGUCAACGGAGGAGGAAUCCUUCAGCGGUCUGAUGUUCUUCGAUGGUCACGGGAAGAUCGAGGGGCAGGAGGCGUUGACCAAGCUAGCCCAACACCUUACCCGACUGCAGUUGAGGGUGAUCCCUCAAGGGUUAUGUUUUCAGGAUGUUACCGGGUUGGGCGAACACAAAGAUUUCGGGUUUCACUAUCUCCGAUUGAACGAUCUUUUCAACUGGCCGUAUCAUGGUAUCAAAAUGGCGAGCAUCGCCAUGUGGCGACGCCUGGUGUUGGAGUACACCGUACCAAAAGGGGGGAAGCGGCCAAUGGUCGUCGGAGGUGUGAGCAAGGAGAGGUACGAGGAGCUGCAUAAAAAGAUGAUCGAAACGAAGGAUGAAGAGUUGGGAAAGCUGAGGGAGAAGAUGGAAGAACAAGAUUGGGAGAUGGAAAGGCUAAAAAAGGAGAGGGGAAAGCAUGAGACAGAGCUUCGCGAGUUGAAAAAGCAAACCGGCAAAGAGAUGCGGCAGCUGAGGGAGGAGAUGGAAGAACGAGAUUUGGAGAUAGAGAAGCUGAAAGAGGAGAGCGAAAAACACGAGCAAGAGCUACGAGACUUGGAAAAGAAAAAUAACAAGGAGCUGCGAAAACUGUCGAAGAAAAAAGAUGGCGAGUUAGAAACGCUCAAGAGGGAGAAGGACGAAGAAGUGGAGGAUAAAAUUGAUGAGCUAGAGAUGUUGAGAAAAGAAAAGGACGAGCGGUUGAAAAAAUUGAGGGAUGAAGUGAAGAAUCUGAAAAGAGCCAAGAAGGAAGAUGGAGCAGCAUCUGGAGUAGAUGAGAAAGGGAAGAUGAUGGUGGACAGUGAUGAAUGGCACAAGUUGAAGAACAACGAGGCAGAGAUGAGGGAAGAGGUAGCGAACAAGGAUGAAGCGUUGCGAAGGAUUAUGAACGAGAAGAAGGACGCCGCAGCGGAAUUCCAAAAGCUAAGGAUUGAGAAGGAAGAAAUGAUGAAAGCGAAUGCAGCGGAAACAGAAAAGCUAAGAAACCAACUGUCACAACUCCCUCGAGAGCUGGAGCAACGUCGUCGUAAGCAAUCAUGGAUACAGACAGCUGCAACUAAGUUGGUGUCCCUUACUAAGCGGAAUGACCAACUAAUAACAAGUGCAAGACGGUCGGUGCCACCUGAUACUUGGAGUUUGUCCCUCGAACUCACCUCGGGAACUGGAUCAGGUAUGUUCCAGUAUCAGUCACGUAGGAAAAGCUCUUGGCCAUUCUCGCUAGCAUUUGGAAUCUCUUUGGUGGAUGAAGAUCCUAAAGAGUGGCUACAUCCACCCAAGAUUCGGGUCUACGUUUCCGAAGGCUCAUUCGACAAAGACAACUGGUGGUUUACAAGGACAACCCACCCGGAUGGCGGCUUGACGAUGAUGGCUUAUUAUGACGGCGAUUUCCUUUCCUCUAUUUUCCCCGGGAAUAAAUACCCAAUACGAUUGCCGUAUGCAUGGGACGAUAACACUUUUUGGGCAGAUACAGCUUGCACCCUGGCUAUGGUGGGUGGAGAAUACAAGCUUGCUUUCAUGUAUCGCGAGUAGCUGGCAUGAUCUGUUGUGGAGUACGUAGUAGUGACAUGUUGUCUACGUACUUGUCCUUAAAUGUCAGCUUGUUUUAGUUCAUGGACUUAACUAGGUUAUUUGCAAUUCCUAGGUGACUGUAAAGGAGGUUGCAAACCCUAUAUAUAUUUGUACCUCUUGCUGCACGCUGAGCAUGAUUUUAUGCGCAGUGUGUGAGCAAAACCCUAAUAACACAAAAUGGAAGACUCCUUGUGUGAGUCUUCCGUGGACUAGUCUCGUUCAUAUGAACGAGGAUACCACGUAAAUCUUCGUGUCGUUAUUUUCGUUUCUUGAGUUUUAUCAUGGUAUCAGAGCGGUGAUCCAAUCCAUCCCGCGUUAUUCCUGUCUAGCGCUAUGGUCUCUGACGACGAGAAGAUGAAGUCGGCUGAGACAGAAUCGUCGUUCAAAACUGGUUUUGGAGGCGGCGGAGAUGGUCUUCCUCCAGCCUUCAUCCUCCAUAAUUCGGACAGUCCCAAUCAGCUGUUUGUGGGCGAUUUGCUUACUGAUACUAAUUACGGUGAGUUGCUUUGUGAUAUACGUGACUCCUUUAUUUCAAAGAACAAAAUCGGGUUCGUGGACGGGUCUAUUCCACAACCCACGACGGGUGUUCUUAGUGAUCAGUGGCAGCGAUGCGAUGCCAUGGUGAAAGGCUGGUUAAAAACAGCCAUGGGUAAGGAAAUCUGAACCAACGUUCGGUUUGCACGCACGGCUCGAGAAAUCUGGCUCAAUCUUGAGGGAAGAUUCGGCCAAGGUAGCUCCGCUCGUUUGUAUGAGUUGCGACGGGGCAUUGCUCUUUUACAACAAGAAAAAUCCAGCGUAUCU